AUGGUUGUCCCUAAGGCUAAAGUGCCGGAUAUUCUACAGCUGUACCAUAGUGGUUGUUCAGAAAGCCACCUGGGAGUUAAACGAACUCUCCUGAAGAUCCGAGAACGGUUUGGAGAGGAGAGAUGGGAGAGGAUAGCCAUUGACGUUGCGGGGCCGUUUCCAGAAACUGAAAGUGGUAACAAGUAUUUCAUGGUAGUGAUGGAUUACUUCACUAAGUGGCCAGAAGUCUUCGCCAUUCCAAAUCAAGAAGCUUCAACAGUUGCAGAUAAACUAGUUCAUGAAGUCUUCUGUCGUUUUGGAGUACCUUUAGAGAUUCACAGCGAUCAAGGAAGGAAUUGUGAGUCUCAAAUAUUCCAGGAAACUUGCCGAGUUAUGGGUACUCAGAAAACACGAACAACUUCUUACCACCCACAAUCUGAUGGAAUGGUAGAAAGAUUUAAUCAGACAUUGGAGAGGUACCUAGCAAAAGUUGUGGAAAAACGGCAACGAGACUGGGACAGGCACAUACAACCGUUUUUGUUGUCAUAUCGAAGCGCUGUUCACGAAAGUACAUCAGUGACACCAGCUUUCGCAAACUUUGGGAGAGAAUUGCGGCUGCCUGCAGACCUGAUCACCGGAAUACCACCUGAUGCCCCACGCAGUAUAACCGAUUAUGCAAAUGACUUGCGGAACAAAAUGAAUGACAUUUAUGAGCACGUCAGACAGACGGGCCAGCAAACGUCUGAGAAGAUGAAAACACGGUAUGACCGCAAAAUGAACAACAAGGGCUUUGAUGAAGGUUCACUAGUGUGGUUACACAAUCCAGUUCGCAGCAAAGGGAAAUCUCCUAAGCUUCAAGCUAAAUGGGACGGACCGUACCGGAUUGUGACAAGGAUCAAUGAUGUAACCUACCGGAUACAGAAAGGUGCCAGAGGUACUCCUAAGAUUGUCCAUGUGGAUCGACUGGCGCGUUAUUAUGGGGCCAAUAAUGCUCGGGACGAGCAUGUCUUAGGAGGGGGCAGUGUUACGCGCCACUAUUAA